AUGGAAGAUGCUAAGGCUAUUGAUACUCCAAUGAGUCCAACUAUCGUGCUAGAUGAAGAUAGCAAUGGAAAACUGGUUGAUGAAACCAUGUAUAGAAGGAUGAUUGGAUCUCUACUAUAUUUAACUGCCAGUCGACCAGAUAUCAUGUUCAGUGUAUACAAAUGUGCUAGAUUCCAGUCGGCUCCUAAAGAAUCCUAUCUCUCUGCUAUUAAACGAAUUAUUAGAUAUUUAAUCGGUACAUCUGAACUAGGACUAUGGUAUGAUCACUCUAACAAUUUCUCUCUAAGAGGCUUUUCAGAUGAUGAUUUUGCAGGAGACAAGAUUGAUAGGAAGAGUACCAGUGGGACAUGUCAAUUGUUAGGAAAUGCAUUAGUAUCUUGGCACAUCAAUAAACAAAAUUAUGUUGCACUAUCAACGACUGAGGCAGAAUACCUAGCUGUUGGAAGCUGUUGUACAUAA